AUGGCGGAGCAAGCCCGGGAGGAGGACGCGAUCGACUAUGGGGACGGCGACGCGGAGGAGCCUUUCUCUGAGGACCAGCAAGCUGGGGACGACGCUGAGGGAGAUGCAGACGCGGCAGACGGCCCUGGCGGCGCCGCGGCAAUGGAGGAAGAGGAGGAGCGCGCGGCUACCCCCGCGCCCGCGGACGGCGAAGACGGUGCCGGCAACGCUGGCGAGCCCGCUGCGGAGGACGGCGGCGGCGCCCACGAGGGCGGCGGCGGCGGCAACGGCGCUGCCGAUGGCGGUGCGGCCGACCAGGGCAAGGACGGGCGCAGCGGCGGCGGCGGCAGCAGCGGGGGCGGUGCUGGCGCCAGGGAUGGCGCGCUGGAGGAGCGCGACCCUUUGAAGCUGCCGCCCCACGGCACUGAGGUGUUUGUGGCGAGCCUGCCCCACGAGGCGUCAGAGGAGAAGGUCAGAGAGUUCGUCGCCUCGGCCGGCCUCAAGACCCACUCUGUUCGCAUCCCCAGGCCGGGCCCGGACGCGCCCCGCGCGUCGCACAACAAGGGCUUUGCGUUUGCCGUGUACUUUACGAAAGAGGACGCGGCGGCAGCUGUUGAGAAGCUGAAUGGCAGGCUGCUGCUGGAGCGGGUUGUCAGGGCGUCCAUAAGCGUGACCAACAACCGCCUUUUUAUCGGCAACAUCCCGCGCACCAUCACACCCGCCGCGCUCAAGGAGACUCUUGCCAAGGAGGUCGCGGGCCUGGAGGAGGUUGACCUGGUGUCUGACAGGGAGCACCCCGACCAGAACCGCGGCUUCGGCUUCCUCACGUUCUACAACCACGCAGCUGCCGAGAAGGCACGGCGGCGGCUGGAGGCGGGGUUUAGCUGA